UCGUGGCGAAUGACAAUCAGCUGUUUGUUGCACGUGUAGUUGAGUUCUUUUUUUGUUUAUUUGGAAACGUUGCAGAACUUCGAAUUUAGAGCUUUGAAAAUUACAUAAAAUACAGUAAAAAUGGCCAGAAGACCCGAGCACUCAGCACCGCCGGAAAUUUUCUACAACGAUGAUGAGGCGAAGAAAUACUCCACAAACACCCGCAUCAUUGACAUCCAAAUUGAAAUGGCAGAACGGGCUCUGGAACUGCUCGCCCUUCCAGAUGACGACGAAUCUCGCUUGAUUCUGGACAUUGGCUGUGGUUCCGGGCUGUCGGGGAGCGUCCUGGAGGAGAGCGAACACAUGUGGAUCGGCAUUGAUAUAUCUAAGGCCAUGCUAGACAUUGCUGUGGAGCGCGAGGUGGCUGGGGAUGUCAUCUUGGGUGAUAUGGGCGAGGGCAUGCCCUUUAAACCGGGCACCUUUGACGGAGCCAUCUCGAUCUCUGCCCUCCAGUGGCUCUGCAAUGCCGACAAGUCGUAUCACAAUCCGCACAAGCGCCUGCUCAAGUUCUUCACCACCCUGUUCUCAUGUCUCACGCGCACCGCCCGCGCUGUCUUCCAAUUUUAUCCGGAGAACUCUGACCAAAUCGAAAUGGUUACCUCGCAGGCCAUGAAGGCGGGGUUCUAUGGUGGAUUAGUCGUGGACUAUCCCAAUUCGGCCAAGGCCAAGAAGUACUACCUAGUGCUGAUGACUGGUGGAACGGCGGAGUUGCCCAAAGCCUUGGGUUCUCCUGAGGAGGAGCGGCGGGUCAACUACAUUAAGAAACGUGAUGCAUGCCGGGACGCACGGGGCAAGGCGCCCAAGAAAUCCCGCGAUUGGAUUCUGGCCAAGAAGGAGCGGCGCCGUCGCCAAGGAUUAGAAACACGUCCGGAUACUAAAUAUACAGCGCGCAAGCGUAGCGGAAAGUUCUGAUUAUAGUUAAUCUUUAUCAACAAAAAUAGCCAUUUUCAUUCAUUUAA